AUGCAACAGCAGCUCCACCUGCAGGGGCUCCUCCAAGUUGGAGGCUCCAACACCACCAGGACAGAGAAGUCAACACAUAACGAGAAUGGAAACGAGCAACGUGUUGAAGCCGAGAUCAUACAGCGUCCCGGGGAUGCCUUGGCUUACUUCUACUAUCAACAUUGCAGUAGGUAG